CGCCCCACACAGCUCAUUACCAGUCCGUCAGCCUCCUUCUAGCUUUCGGCCGCCAGCGCCGACGCUAGCGCCAGACUCCGCGGAGCAGGCCCGACGUCUCGGCCGCCCCCGCCGCCACCCGGGCGCGCGGCCCGCCCCGCCCGUUCUCUCCCCUCGCCCCACCCUCUCGCUUCCCCCUCACGGAAACGACAGCUGCUGCGGCGGGGCUGGCGCCGCCUCCCUCCACCUACCACGUCUGCCCCCGCGACUCUCGCCCGGUGCCCCAGCCCGGCCUCGGCGCCUCCCCGCUAAGUCAGCCGGCAGCUCCGCCCGGCUGCCGCCGCCCAGGAUGAACAUCAUGGACUUCAACGUGAAGAAGCUGGCGGCGGACGCGGGCACCUUCCUCAGUCGUGCUGUGCAGUUCACAGAAGAAAAGCUUGGCCAGGCAGAGAAGACAGAAUUGGAUGCUCACUUAGAGAAUCUUCUUAGCAAAGCUGAAUGUACCAAAAUAUGGACAGAAAAAAUAAUGAAACAAACUGAAGUGUUAUUGCAGCCAAAUCCAAAUGCCAGGAUAGAAGAAUUUGUUUAUGAGAAACUGGAUAGAAAAGCUCCAAGUCGUAUAAACAACCCAGAACUUUUGGGACAAUAUAUGAUUGAUGCAGGGACUGAGUUUGGCCCAGGAACAGCUUAUGGUAAUGCCCUUAUUAAAUGUGGAGAAACACAAAAACGAAUUGGAACAGCAGACAGAGAGCUGAUUCAAACAUCAGCCUUAAAUUUUCUCACUCCUUUAAGAAACUUUAUAGAAGGAGAUUACAAAACAAUUGCUAAAGAAAGGAAACUAUUACAAAAUAAGAGACUGGAUUUGGAUGCUGCGAAAACCCGACUAAAAAAGGCAAAAGCUGCAGAAACUAGAGCCUCACAACUAAACUCAGCUCGCCUUGAAGGAGAUAACAUUAUGGUAAAUUUCUCUUACAUGCUCAACUUCCUGCAUGUAAAAUGGCUGAAGAUUUGGGCAGAGGAAGUGACAAAAUCUGAACAGGAAUUGAGAAUAACCCAAAGUGAAUUUGAUCGUCAAGCAGAGAUUACAAGACUUCUAUUAGAGGGAAUCAGCAGUACACACGCCCAUCAUCUCCGCUGUCUGAAUGACUUUGUGGAAGCCCAGAUGACUUAUUAUGCACAAUGUUACCAGUACAUGUUAGACCUCCAGAAACAACUAGGAAGGUGUUUUCCAUCCAAUUAUUGUAACAACAAUCAGACUUCUGUGGCACCUGCACCAUCUGCUUCAUCAAAUGUGAUUGGUUCUUCUGCCUUGACUUCAACAAGUGGUCUGGUAAUCACCUCCCCUUCCAACCUCAUUGACCUUAAGGAGUGCAGUGGCAGCAGGAAGGCCAGGGUUCUGUAUGAUUAUGAUGCUGCAAACAGUAGUGAAUUAUCACUUCUGGCAGAUGAGGUGAUCACUGUGUUCAGUGUCGUUGGAAUGGAUUCAGACUGGCUAAUGGGGGAAAGGGGAAAUCAGAAGGGCAGGGUGCCAAUUACCUACUUAGAACUGCUCAAUUAAAUAGGUGGACUAUGGAAAGAUUACCCAUCACGACACCAGUAUUUAUAUACAAUUAACUCUGAAUAAAGCAGGUUUAAGUAUCUUCCAUGUUAAUGUUCUUAGGAGACUGAAAAGAAAUACCAGCCAUCAGAAACCAGCCUUUCUGCCAGUGAAAUUGCAUGGUAAAUAUUUCAUUACAGAAUUUAUGUUAGUGCUUUCAUGCCAAGAAUGUUUUCUUACAAAAUUCCCUUUCUACUGAGUUUCACUAAUAAGCAGCUUCUACUUUUGAGCUCCAACUUAAAGCAGAAGAACUGUUUUCUACUGAAUUUUUUCAUUAAUGGCAAGCUUUUUCUUUUAUGUAAAAUAAAUUUAUUGUGAAUUGA